CCGUAUUUUUGAUCACGUGGACAAACAUGGCUGUGACUAGUAAAGACACGCCAUUGACUUCAACUCCUUUUGUACUUCCUGGUGAUAAACUGCCUCCGAAUAGUGACUCCGCUAACAACAGAACAGGUGUCUAUGUACGGGAUGGUGGAACAUACUCGAGCAUCUGUGGAAAAGUGACUGAUAGCAAGAGUACUGUCAAGCCAUUGGUCCCUCCAUUCAUGUGUCCAGAGAAAGGAAACAUAGUAUUAUGUCGUGUACUUUCUGUUAGUCAGAUAUCUGCUAAAGUUGAAAUAAUUUCUGUUGGCUCUCAAGUCCUUAAGGAACCACUGAUGGGUAUUAUUAGAAGAGAGGAAGUCAGAGCAUCUGAGAAGGACAAAGUAUCUCUUUUUCAAAGUUUCAGACCUUGCGACAUUGUGCAAGCUCGAGUUCUGGGUUUAGGAGAAGGACAAGCUUACGUACUGACAACAGCAGAGAGUGAAUUAGGAGUGAUCUUAGCUAGGAAAUUGUGUCAUGGUGGUCGCAUGAUUCCUGUUAGCUGGUGUGAGUACCAGUGCUCUGUGACUGGUAAACGUGAAAAACGCAAAGUUGCUAAAGUUAUCAAUAACAUUUCUUCCAAUUAAUUUAAUUUAUGUCAUUUUAAUUUCUAACUGUCAUCUGUUUGUUUGUGUUCUUCAUUUGCCUUGUCUUUCUCUUGCGACGCACUU